CUCGGGGUGCUGUUGCGAAAGUAAGGUGAUCAGCCAAAGGAAAGUGAAACUCGUGAAGAAAAUGACCUGCCCUACACUAUUUUCUAACGAUGCCAACUGACGCUAACUUCGAGAUGUCCGAAUCGAUCAAAGUGCGGCAACGUGCAGGAGAAAUGACGCCAUCCUCAGAUGCAAAGUGUUACUCCAGGCGGAUAAGAAAGAUGAACCAUCUUGCCUAUUUGCUGAUGAUUUUGUGCUGCACUGUAACGACGGUACUUGCACAACGCGAUACGAUAUGUCCACCCCAAGACAUCAUACUGCCGUGCAGGUGUUCGCAGCGUGGCAGUGAAAUACAGAUAUGGUGUUCGCAUAGCGAUUUACCGCGAGUUUUGAUGGGUUUGAAGGCCGUUUCGAAGUCCAUCAUACGGCCCAUCGACGAGCUCAUUCUGGAGAACAAUUUUCUACCUUCGCUUCCCGGGCGAACGUUUGCGCCGCUCAACAUUCUGCGGCUGAUGCUGCGCCACAACGGUCUCGAGCGCCUUUCGAACGGAUGGCUCAACGAUCUGGAUAAAAGUUUGGUGGAGAUCUUCAUAGUGGAGCGGAACCUGCGCAGCAUUCCGGUGGAUAGCUUAACCGGGUUGCGCAAACUGGAGGCGGUCACGAUACAGAGCGAAAAUCUGAAGCGUCUUCCCGACUUUUCCGGUCUGCCCAAGCUUCGGUACAUAAACGUGCAGAGUGGUUCGUUGAUUGAGCUCGCACCACAAUACUUCCGCGAUUUGGCCAGCCUCGAGACGCUGCACGUGACGGGCAGCGGUAGCUUAAACCGGCUUGAAGCGGGCCUGUUUAACGAUCUGCCCAAACUGAAUCUGAUUAACCUGUCAGAGAAUGGCAUCAGCUGGGUGCAUCUGCGUACGUUCGUGGGAUUGCCUUCGCUGAAAACGAUUCAGCUGUCCGGCAACAAAAUCACGGAUGCUGGCAUGAUUGGGCGUGCGGUGAAGGACAUUCACAAUCUGCAGGUGCUGCGCAUGGAGCGUAACAUGAUAUCGAAGCUGAACGAAGGCAGUUUCGUGGAUUUGCCCUCGCUGAAGGAACUGUAUCUGAACGAUAACGGCAUAACGGAGAUUUUCCACGGCGCAUUCCAUCGGACGCCCAGCCUGAAGCUGGUCCAUCUGGAGAACAACUACCUGCGGCGAGUUCAUCCCGAAUCCUUCCUGCAGGCAUCGGGCAGUGGCGUGGAAAUGAUGCACCUGCAGCAGAACGAGAUUGGUCGCGUGGAGGAGUUACGAUCGCUGCUUGAUGCACUCCCGAUGCUGCGCUUUCUCGAUCUGAGCUACAACAAACUGGAAGCGAUCCCCUUCGGAGCACUGCGAGGGCAUGGAACGUUGGAGCAGCUGUAUCUCAACCAGAACCGCAUCCGUAUGAUCGAACGGGAUGCGUUCAUGGCGAUGCCGGGUUUACGCGAGCUUCGUCUGCAGAACAACUCACUGCACGAUCAACUGCCGAUGCCGUUCUGGAACCUGCCCGGGCUGAAGGGUAUAGACAUUUCGUACAACAACUUCCGCCGGAUGGAUCCGAAUCUGCUCGUCGGUGUUCCAUCCCUUCGGCGGCUGGACAUCAGUGGAAACACCCUGUCAGUCAUCGAUGCUGCCGCGUUCAGCCACACACCGAUGCUGGAAACGGUCAACAUCUCCUUCAACGAGCUGACGCUCAUCCAUUCUGCUACGUUCCGCGAUCUGAACCACAUGUUUGAGCUUGAUGCGGGAAACAACCACCUGCAGGAAUUUAUCCCGGGACUACCGAUGGCGGUGGAGCGCGUCAAUCUGCAUGGUAACAAGAUCACCCAACUACCGCCACCGACGACCGCCAGUCAGCUGUGGGAUUUGCCGAAUCUGCGCAUGCUAGACAUCAGCAGCAAUCAGCUGACCCGUUUGCCACGGGCCGUCUUCAAACCGACUCCUCAGCUGCGCGUUCUCAGCCUGGCUCGCAAUCAGCUACAGUCCGUCGAUGAUGGAAGUCUGUCGGGAUUGGGGCGCUUGGAGAUACUGAACCUGCAGGAUAAUCGAGUGCUCGCACUGCACGAACGGUGCUUUAGCCCGCUCGAGAAUCUUCGCGAGCUUAACCUGCAGGGCAAUCGGAUCGAGGUGCUGGUGGACAAUCUGCUCGAUAGUAACGCACUGCUCGAGCAGUUCGACGCCUCACGUAACAGCAUCGUGGAGAUAUCGCCCAAGGCUUUCCGCAACAGUCGCUCCCUGCAGACGUUGGAUCUUUCGUCGAACCAGUUGCGGGAACUGCCGGAAUCAUUGUCCGGGUUGGCGGAGCUUCGUGAGUUGGAUGUAAGCUUUAAUCAGCUGACGGAACUGUCGCCGAAUGUGCUGGUGUCGUGGCGUAAUUUGGAAGAGCUGAAGGUUUCCAACAACAAGGUGAACCAGCUGCAUCAGGGUUCGUUGAGGAACUUACCCUUGCUGCAGUAUCUGGAUCUUUCAAGCAACGAGUUGGCCCUGUUGGAGCACGGCUCGUUGAGGAACUUGCCCGAACUGCAGGAACUCGUACUGGCGGACAACAGAUUGACCGAGUUGAAGGAUCGUGUGUUUGAAGAUCUUCCCAGUUUGCAGGCCGUACACCUGCAACAGAACAACUUGCGCUACAUUUCACCGUACAGCUUCUAUCGCUCACCUUCGAUAGUAUACCUGAACUUGUCCGCGAAUCAGUUCCGUAGUCUCGAUAGUGUUGGUUUGCGAAGCGUGAGAAACUUGGAGGUGCUCGAUCUAACCGGGAACAGCAUUCGCAAGAUCUCACCGAGCCCGCUCCGUGGUUUGGACUGGUUGGUGGAGUUGAAGCUGGACAAUAACAAAAUCUGUGGAAUUCAGGGUGAACCGUUCGCUACGAUGCCACGAUUGCGUGUGCUAAGCAUGCGCAACAACCAGAUGUCACGUGUGCCGGAACCGAUCUUUCGAAGUUUGCGUACGAAUAUUGCCAUACUGGAUGUGGACGGUAAUCCUUUGGACUGUAGUUGUGAGAUGCUCUGGUAUAUGGCAUGGUUGCAGGAGAGCCGAAGUCUCUAUCCCGGUCCGCGCUGCAGAGAUGGGAAGAUGUUGCUGGAUAUGAGGUUGUCACGUACCGAUUGCCAAACGGGAGCAAGAACGGCACCGGGACAUCAUGGUGAACAUCCACUGACAAACGAUCACGGUGAUGUGUUUGUUCGCGCACUCGAUUACGAUGAAUGUGGAGCGUCGGAGAAUUAUGAAGUACCUCCAGGUCCAACGCCACCAUUCCGUCCGGGAUCACCAUCUCCGGGUGACAGUGAUUACUUCUACGAUCAGUACGUUGAUUAUCCGAACGCUCUGAAUGACACUCGGUUAGCAAAUGGUCAACGCUUCAACAGUACUCCCUUUGCGGAGGAUCCACAGCGAAAUGUGAGCACGAACUUUGUCGAUUUCAACAACAACAAGUUCAAUCAGUUCCAGCGACCUCCGCAAGGUGUUCCACCUCCAGCCGGGGGGCAAGAUUCGGGCUCACCGUUCACCUUCUUCGGUCUGCCCAUACCGAGCCUCAAUAUUGGCAAAAUGUUCGGUGGUGCGGGUCGUAAUGCAAACAAUCGUGCGUCCGGUGGAACGCGUGCAAAGGGCCGCGUACAGGUGUACAAACAGGGCGAACCGGAACAGAGCAUCAUCUAUCGGAACGAUGGCGUUAAGACGGACACGGAGGUGACGCUGAAAACACCGUCGGAUCCGCUGGAUAAAAAUGCUGGAGCUACGAACGAGAACAAUCUGUUCUAUCGGCCCUACUUCCAGACAUCCUUCCGACAGCAGCCCGCGGUGGAGGUACAAAAGGGCGGCUUCACACCGAUGCUUCCGGGUACGGUCGGUGGAUUUACACCCAUCACAGAUCCGACGUUGAAGGUUAUUAACCAGAACUACACGCACGAACCGCCGGGCAAGUGGCCGACAGAGUUUAACGAGCGCGUACCCUUGGUGACGGAACCAACGCGCUAUCUGCAGCAGAAUAAGUUUGAGGCCACCAUCAAACCAUCGCACAACAGUGCACCGUACUUUGUUGAUGGCAUAACGCAUCACAUACCGGGCAAGCAAGAAAACCAUGCACCGAUGGUACCCCCGAAUCUGACCAACGUUAACGACAAACUGAGCAACGCCGCAGCGAAUGCUACUGGAUCGAUACCGGCGCAUUCCGAAAUGGAGGAGGACGAAGAUGAUGGUGGUGAAUCGACUGACGACGAUGAGGAAAUUGCCGACGACGAAGACAUCGAUGGAGCUCAAAAUGAAUCCGAAACGAACUCGCAAGGAGGAUCGCAACAUAACGGCAAUGAUCUUACCACACGGCUCUCAAUCGAACUGGCUACACCGACGAUCGGUUCUACUGUAAGCGGUGGCUUCAACAAGGCGUACACAACGCCGAAUCCAACGAUCCGCGAUUUGGCACGCACUCCCACGCGAGAGUUUUACGACAGCUCCAGCAACACUCCUUCGUCACUGUCGGCCCUCAUUGCGCCGGGAUCGGGACAUAGACCACCGCCCGGGAAAUCCACCAUUGAAAAAGUGCCCGCACCGGUAUCCUCCACCGUAACACCGUACUUCCCGAACACGACGCCCGGCACGCCGCACCGUGUGGUGCCGAAGAUCGAAACGGACGGUGGUGAUCGUAAUUUCGGAUCGCCGAACAUUAUCGAUCUGUCACCGUCCAGCCACCACCAUGCCGAUGCGGACAGCGUUAACGAGAUCCGGAAGCGGGAGGAUAUGGAUUGGUACUUUGCCAAUUACAACCACACACAGCACUACGACUUCGAUGAGCUCGAGAUCAAUAGCUUCCGUAGUGGUGGGGUGGUGGUGAAAGGUGGUGCCAUCAUAUCCCUGAUGGCCGUCCAUACGAUCGUGCGGCUAUGGCGAAUAGUAUUUUAAGGAUAAAGCUCUGGAAGAGCUACGGGAAGAACAGUGGGAUGGGAUCGAAGAUUUCACGGGAAGCUAGGCUCCACCAAAGGAAUACAAAGUGUUGCUGAACGUAGGAAUUAAAAGGGAGGGAUGUUUUAAACGAAAAUCGGGAAAAUAAUCGUUUGGGGAUCGUUAUAGGCUUUAGAUUUACCUUAGCUUACGUAGCAAUAUGCGAGCUAGAUUUGUUUUCUUAUGCGAGCAAUUCAGAAACAUGAACCUGUUGUAGAAUGUUAUCACAUCAUCUGCUCUGUCUGUUGAGAUGUUACACAAAUCGUGCUAAUAAUUUACUUUCUCGAAUACAAUUGGAAACAGUUUAGUAAUUAAUAAAACAAAUCACCAUCCACACGCAUAACAUAACCAAA